AUGUAUGCCCAUACGAUUGUAUCCCUCGUAAAAGAUACUUCUGCCAGCAACAAAGGCAACAGAGGCCAGGGACCCGGCGUAAUGUAUGUGGCGCACAUGGUAAAUGUGGAUAAGGUAGGAAAUACUGGCCGAGCCCUGUCACUUAUUCUUACAGUUGCAGAAUACGCUCUGAUUUGCGUCGGUGAGCAGUAUAAGCAGUUUUAG